UUUUUCCCCCCCUUUUCAAGUAUCCAGGGAGAGGAGCCUGUUUGCAUUCCGGUGCAGGUGCAAAACAAUGGAGGUGAAAAUCGAAGAGCAGGACGAAGACAACACAUUCAGUAACACCGACACGAAUGGUAAACGUCCAGCUGAGGACAUGGACGAGGAGCAAGCCUUCAAACGUUCUCGCAACGCGGACGAGAUGGUGGAGCUUCGCGUGCUGCUCCAGAGCAAAAAUGCUGGCGCUGUUAUUGGAAAGGGUGGGAAGAACAUAAAAGCUCUACGCACAGACUACAAUGCCAGUGUAUCAGUCCCAGACAGCAGUGGCCCAGAGCGGAUCCUGAGCGUAAAUGCCAGCAUCGACACAAUCGGAGAGAUUCUGUUGAAAAUCAUACCUACUCUGGAGGAGUACCAGCAUUACAGCGGGAUUGAUUUCGACAGUGAGCUUCGCCUGCUGAUCCAUCAGAGCUUGGCAGGGGGCAUCAUCGGGGUAAAAGGUGCCAAGAUAAAGGAGCUGAGAGAGAACACCCAGACCACAAUCAAGUUGUUCCAAGAGUGCUGUCCACACUCCACUGACAGAGUCGUGUUGGUGGGAGGAAAGCCAGAACGUGUCAUUGAAUGUAUAAAAGUCAUCCUGGAGCUGGUGUCAGAGGCACCAAUCAAAGGUCGCGCCCAGCCUUAUGACCCUAAUUUCUACGAUGAAACGUACGACUACGGCGGUUUCACCAUGUUGUUCGAAGAGAGAGGCAGACGACCCAUCGGUGGCUUCCCUAUCCGUGUGCGCGGGGGCUUCGAGCGCAUGCCCCCAGUUCGCGGCAACAGACCCAUGCCUCCCUCCAGAAGGGACUACGAGGACAUGAGCCCCCGCCGGGGUCCUCCACCACCGCUGAGCAGAGGAGGACGAGGGGGCAGCCGAGCACGUAAUCUGCCUCUUCCCCCGCCACCACCGCCAAGAGGAGGGGGAGACCGGUUCUCACAUGGCAGCUAUCAUAGCAGCAUGGACGACAGACCAAGUGACAGAAGAAGCAGAGGAGACCGUUAUGACAGCAUGAGUGGAGGCGGAUAUGACAACAAUUCUUCCUGGGAGCACUUUCAGUCCGGCGGUAGAGGCUCAUACAGUGAUAUCGGAGGCCCAGUCAUCACGACACAAGUCACAAUCCCAAAAGACCUGGCUGGCUCCAUCAUCGGGAAGGGCGGCCAGAGGAUCAAGCAGAUCCGCCAUGAGUCUGGGGCAUCUAUCAAGAUUGAUGAACCACUAGAGGGCUCUGAGGACCGCAUCAUCACCAUCACAGGAACACAGGACCAGAUCCAGAACGCCCAGUACCUGCUGCAGAACAGCGUGAGGCAGUACUCUGGUCGGUUCUUCUAGGAAGAAGGACGUAAAGAAGAAGAAGAUGAUUGAAGCCAUGCUGCCAUACUGUUUGCUCCUUCUAUUCAGAGCCUACAUUCCUCUGCUUUGGGUAGAUGUGCCCCCUCCCCCUCACUGUCACACUCUAUACCGUCGAUCUUUAAAUCGCAGUUUUUUAUUUUGGGGAGUUUUAAAAAAAAAAAAAAAAAAUCCUAAGCUGUCAAACAGCAAAUAAGCAGUCAACAACAUGUUUCUGUGCUGGUGUAAUUAUUUUUUUGGGGGGAGAUUCUUGUGCUGUCAUUGGAGUAAACUCAUCUGUGUGAUAACUUUCGGUGUUGUGAGCCACCCCAGAACUUUACCCCUCUCUGAUUUCAGUACAGCAUGUAGAAUGUAAUGUUUUUUUUUUUUGUUUUGUUUUU